AUGUUUUAUGUUCGGUAUUCUUUUGACUUUACAUAAUUUAUGGUCGGUAACUCAAUAGACAUCCGAACGAAUUUAAUCACAUGAAAAUUCAACAUGGCUGUCAAAGUGUUGAUUUUUCGACCGAAAACCAAUAUUUUGCAAAUUUUAAGCAUUUAUUGUCUCAUCAGCCAAAUUAUAUGUCAAGAAUUGAUUGUAACACAUGCACCAAAAUACAUAACAUUCCAACAGCAAGCAGACAACCUACAGACAAGUGAUGUAUCUAAAGUGAUAACACAUACACUUGGUGUUCCAACAGAGGAUGUGAAAUGGUCAGGACUUAAUCAGGGAUCAUUGUUUAACAGACCAAAAGCAAACGUCCUAAUGACAGUUGUAACAGCAGAAGGAAAGAAGCCAUUGAGUGUGAAAAAUGUUGCAAAAUAUCCUGUGAAAAGUGACAUUCCUUCAGUAGAUGUUGGUCAGAUGAUGAAUGUGAUACAGGAUACAUUCUUUGAUACCAAUCCUUUGAUGAUUGAUACAGGUGUCGACAAUAAUUUCUUUGAUGUGCAUACAGAUUUUGAUGUUUUCCGUAAGUUACCUGAUACAAUGAGGAGAAUGGCUGACAGACUAUUAGACUCUGAUUCUGUGCUGAACCAGCAUACAGUAGGAACCUUGAAUAGCAGUCAUCCAACAGACCUAAAGUUAAUGGGAGAACUUCAGAUGGUUCAAGAUGUUGUUAAUACGAUAUCAGACAAGCCUGAGAUGAUGUCCACAAAGUCACCAGAUCUAUUCUCAUUUACUGUGACAGGGUUACGUGACAUCAUGGACAAACAUGGUGACCAAUCAACACAAGCAGCUGAUGCUAGUGACCUUGUGAAUAAUUUUAUAAAUAAGAUGACUGAAGAUUUUAAAAAGUUAUAUAAAGAUAAUGUGAUGGUAGAAGUUUUGACCAUUGUGCCAGAGAAAGCAGGAUAUGUCCGUAAAGUUAGGAGUUUAAAAGCUGAUCCCACACCUACACCAGGACCUGAUGAUUCUAUGAAACAACUUAAUUUAUCCAAAGACUAUGGAGAAGAUUAUCCAGCCAUUUUCAACAUUAUAUUAUGGUUUAUGAUUAUCCUUGCUAUUGUUUUAUUCAGUGUAAGCUAUGGUAUGUGGCACAUGGACCCAGGAAGGGAUAGUAUUAUAUAUAGAAUGACAACAACUAGGCUAAAGAAAGAUUAAUUAACACUUAGACAUAAACAAAAAUACAACUUAAAAAAAUCAUUGACCAUAACUAGACUUUAGAAUUAUUUACUGGACUGAAAAUUUCUUUUCAAAGCACUAAAUGUACUAAUUGUUUUGUAACAGUAAACGUUAGUCACAUAAAUUGAUAUUUGUUAGACUUAUCAAUUUGUUGUCGUUAUACCUUAAAUUUAGUAUGACAAGAUAGACAGUUCUUAUGGGUGUGUGAGAAAUAUUCCAGUCCCAAGUUUAUUAUGUAUACUGAAUAAUUUGAUUAGCACAAAUGUAUCUGAGUUUAAGUGUAGUAGAUGUGUAGUAUACUUAUUGAUUUGAUAGCACAUGUGUAUGUAUGAUAUUAAGUGUGAAAGAUUGUGGAUGCUUAGUAUGUCAAAUGUAUCAUGAUGAUAAAAUAUGAGCAUAUAAUAUUAAUAGUACAUUUGUACAAAUGUAUUUAACAAAAAAAGGGUAACAUAAGAAAGCUCUAAUGAUUUCUUCUUUACAACAUUUAUUGUGUUAAUGGUAUAUCUUUUGAUGAAACAAAGUAUAUCUAUACAGUUAAAAAUGUAAUUUGCAUUUAACAUUAUUCACAUUGCUAUUUAAUCAGAAUUGUUUGAGUUUAUAUUCUGUGAAGUAUUUAUUUUCUUGUUGAUUUACCAUGCUGUAACUUGGGAAGUAGAGCUAAUUUAUAUAUAGACAUUUAGUACUGAGAUAAUAACAUUCCUUAGUAGUUGAAUGUGUGUGUGUUUGUGUGUAUGUGAGUUGAUGAUUUAUGUAACGGUAAGGAAAGAUGUUUAUGGUGUAUUUUUUAUUAAUAUAUAUUAGCUAUAUAUAUAGAUAAACUAUCAAUGUUUUAUUUUUAAUUUUGAAAAAUUUAUGCAUGAAGAUAUAAAAAUGAUUCUGUUUUUCUUGUGCUAUGUUGUACAGAUAGAUAUAUUCUCAAAACCUUUACACUUACUCUCUCCUAAUAUGUAUUGAUCACUGGAAGACUUGAUUGUGCCGUCUGUUGUCUUUAUAAUCAUUGAUGCAUUUACCAUUACUUGUAAUCAGCCCUGAACCUUGAUAGCUAACAAUUAGUUAGUAGCAGAGAUACACCAAGAUAUAUCUGUCACCAUUAACUACCUACAUGACAGUUUUGAAUCAAUUAUUAUAAGGGACAGAUUUGGAUAAUAACAGUACUUGGCAGUUCUCCUUGCCUCAAAUGCAUAUUGUCUUGCACUCUAAAUGAAUUUAUUUGAUGUUCAUUUUUAAUUUGAAAACUACUUUUAGAUUCAUGUCAUAGGUCCUAAAGGGCUGGUCUCUUUCAGCAAGUCAGUAUAAAUUAAUUUUAUUCUACCAUUAAUAAUUCAGGUGUGUUAUGUCCCUUUGUUGGAUACCACAUAUCUCAUCCUGUUAAUAUUAACUUGUUACUUUCUCUAAAUUCUUGCAGUCAUGCAUUCAUAAAAUUUCUGUUUAAAUAAUUAAUAUAAGAACUAGUCUGUUCAGCAACAUCUAUCUCCCACAGUGGCGGAUCCAGAAAUUUUCAUAAGUGGGGGCCUGAUUUCCUCACGCUUCAGUGAUUCCCUAUAUAAGCAACCAUAUUUUUUUCUCAAAAGGGGGAGCCUGGCCCCCCCCCCCCCCCUAAAUCUGCCUCUGUCCAAGACAAAAUAUAAAUAACACAAAAAAGAUACUAGAUACUAUUAUUUAGACAGUACAAUGGACGACAUCACACACCAAUACCAACAUUCUCUCAGUAAAAGACAUUCCUUGUUUUAAAGUAUUCCUUCAAUAUUGGAUGACAUGAGUAUUUUGUUAAAACAUGAUUUAUUUUUAUGAAUUUAUAUCAAUCUUAAAUAAAGAAAAGAUUCAGUUUUAGACGAUAAUGAAAAAAAGUAAUGUUUGUUAUAUUGACUGACAUCAAUCUAUCAAUUAAAUGUUACAAAAUAAAGUUGAUUUGUCAAAAAGAGUAAUUUCCAAUUCAAUAGCCCUGAAAUAAAUGAAUGAUGUUUCCAUACUGAUAUUAAAUGACCGUACUGCUGUCUCUGUAAACAAUCGUGAUUCCAAAACUUGUGAUCUUAAUAUGGUAUUUGUAAUUAUAUAUGAACUAUGUUGUUGGUAAUAAACAAGAUCAAACU